AUGUCGACAAACGUUUUUGAGUCGGCACUUAUAGGAACUUCCAUCUGGAAGGUAACGCCGUCGGACAUUGACGUCAGUGACGCCAGCAGCUUGACUGUUACUAUGGCAACGAAUAACUACUUCAACUUUGAUCCAAAUCCAAAUAAUCUUUCAGUGUCAGUGUCGAGUAGCUUGAUUGCCGUUCCCGACCAGACGCUGUCGUUCACGGUGACAGACCAGUGCGGGAACACCGCCACUGAGGAUCUUACUGUCGUAGUCGAAAACAUCGCGCCGGUUAUCCAGAAUCUGCCGAACUCGACGUCACUUCACGAGAAUACAGUGACGUCCGAGUACUUGUACACAGUGUCUGUGGUUGACUACGGGCCUGUCACGUGUGCAAUCAACCCGGCUAGCAGCAACUUCCUCAUCCGACAGGCCGGGGCAUCGAGCGCCUACUGGGAUAUCUACACAGUGAGCGGUUGUGAUUUCAACUACGCUACAGGGGCGUCAAUCGCGUUGAACGUCAAGUGCACGGACACUGGCGGCAAGUCGGACACCGAAACGUUCACCGUCAACUUGAUACAGAAUGAGCCGCCAAUUAUUCACAACCUACCGAAUUCAACGAGCGUUCACGAAGACACUGACGUCGAAACGUUAAUUUACGUUCUGAACGUCACGGACGCGGAUAGUCCGUCUCUUACCUGCGUCUUCGUCACAGCGUCGACGCUAUUCCGUCUACGAAUGGUGACCGGAGGUACAAAGUGGGGGAUAUACAGCGUCGCGGGGGCGACGUUCGACUACAAUGCAAAGAACAGCUACCAAUUGGACGUAAACUGCACCGACGGACGUGCUUCUGACGUCGACGUCUUCACCGUCUACCUAAUCAGGAACGACCCGCCUCAGUUGACAAACGUUCCAGCAACCAUUUCUCUGUCAACAUCUGCGCCGAAAGGCUAUGACGUGUACAAUGUGACGUCAUUCGACGCCCCCGGUGCAGAAGGAAGAGCGGAUCAACUGACGUACACAAUCACGUGUGUUCCGACAGAUUGUCCGUUCACUAUCUUAGCAUCGGGCAUGCUGCAGCUCAAUAAGGGCAUCACUACCCUUAGCCUCGUCGGCUAUGACGUCAGCAUUGAGGUGUGCGAUCACAGGAACUGCGGUGACAUCAGGAUUCUCACGGUUAACAUCGUGGAAAUCACUGAUCUCCCAAAGAUAACUAACUUGAACCAGAACCUCAACGUGCCUGAAAAUAGCGCCACUAAUCACGUGUUGCUGACCACCGCAUGCACGGACUUUGACGUACCAGACGACACGCUGUCCUAUAGUAUGACAUGUAGCCCUGGCACCGGAAACAACAUGUUCUUGAUCAACAGCGGAAGACUAGGACAGUAUACAUGGUUCCUUUAA